AUACAGAAGUAGAAAAUGACUAUAAAUCGUAGCCUUUUGCUGAACUUCCUUCACUUUGUCCGCAGUAGAGAUCUUUUGAUCAGUCCAAUACCUAGUACGGAUCUGUGAUAUCUAACUGUUGAGCAGUAGUUAUUUACACCAUGAUAUUGGAGUCUUUCAACGCCCGCGAUGCCGUUUUCACGUGCACACCCUACAUUAUCAUCAGCAUUAUAUUCCUGACGUUGGGUUAUGAGCUACUCUUUCACCCCCUGAAUCGAUACCCCGGGCCUCUUAUCGCCAGAUUCACGAAUGGCUAUGCGGUAUUUUACUCACUGAAACGAUCUUUUCACUUGGUUACCUUGAAAGAGCAUAUCAAGUAUGGACCGGUCUUUAGACAAGGUCCAAAUAAGCUACUCUUCAACACUACAACAGCUUACAAAGAUAUAUACUCCAACGAUAAAGUCACGAAGCCAGUGAUAUAUCUCUCCAACCAAGCCACUCCUGGCUCCUACAAUAUUUGGACUGCUAUAGAAAAAACAGCACAUCGCCAGAGACGGAGGCUCGUAGGUUCUGUCGUGAACGAUCGCUCCAUGCGAAUCUUCGAGCCCACCAUCAACGAGCAGGUUGACAUCUUCAUCAAGCAGAUAGCCUUGAAUAUGGAGAGGCCCCUGGACCUGAAGGACCGGAUUAACUAUCUAAGCAUGGACAUCAUCGGGCUUCUAUCGUUUGGAUUCGAUCUGCGCUCGCAGACCCAGGAGAAGUACCGGUACUUCUCAGAUGACAUGCCCGAUGCCAACAGCCGCUUGAACAUCUACAUGCAAGUCCCGGCAAUCGCCAAGUAUCGCCUGUUCGUCCCCCUAGACAUGCUUUGGCACAAGGCACAGGAGAAGAUGUACGGCCUCAUCGAGUUCAUGAUCAAAAGCCGCAUGGCCAAAGCUCAAAACGCAAAGUACGAUCUUUACUCCGUGAUCUCCGACGCGCUCACCACCGAGGAAGGCGAAGGCCUCCGAGUCAACGAUCUCUGGAUGGAGGCCAUCUUUUUCAUUGUUGCUGGAGGGGACACGAUAUCUACCGCUAUAGCGGCGACCUUUUUCUACGUGGCGCGGCACCGGGAAUGCUACAAGAAGCUAGCAGAGGAGAUACGGUCUACGUUCAGCAGCGCAGACGACAUCUGCGGCAGCAAGCUGACGGGCUGCCGUUAUCUCCGAGCAUGCAUCGACGAGGCGAUGCGCAUGUCUCCACCCAUACCUUCGACUCUCUGGCGGCAGCUCGCCCCGGAACACGAGGGGAAGGAUGCGCUGGUCGUUGACGGGCACGUAAUUCCCACAGGGACUUACGUUGGUGUGAACAUUUACGCCCUCCACCACAAUGAGGACUACUUCCCAGACCCCUUUGUCUACAAGCCGGAGCGUUGGCUAGAGCCCAACGGCGAAGAGGGCGCACCGGGUUCGAGGAAGACGAUGAACGAUGCCUUUGUGCCGUUCUCCAACGGACAGCGCGGAUGCGCCGGGAAGCCCAUGGCUUACCUGGAGACGAAUCUCGCCAUCGCGAAGGCCUUGUGGUAUUUCGAUUUCCAGCCCGCGCCGGGCGAGCUGGGUGACGUUGGGUUGAGUGACAAGGGCGAGUUCCGACUCCACGGGGUCUUCGUCUCGACUCAUGAUGGGCCUUGGCUGACUUUCAGUCCUCGCGACACUUUGUACGCGGAUUUUCCUGAUUUGAAGCAUUGAGGGUUGGGGUGAUGUAAUGUAAUGGGUACUAUUUUCACUAUGGCGUUUUGCUGGGUGUUUGGUGGCGGGCAGGUGGCCAUGUGAUGCCCCUUUUCGCAGCAUUUCCGACCUCUAUAACUAGGUCCCUAGGUGCCUAAUGCCUAAUCUAUACCAAAGUUAGCUAAGGAUCUCCGGGGGCAACACUUGAGAAAGCUUUUAUGACCAGCUUGAUAGGCAUUAGUUAGGCUUAUUUCGCCUCCUUCAUACCUAGGGUAGGCCGGCAAAUGAUAGCACGCUUCAAUUACAUGUCGAUCGUUUCUUUUGA